AUGACAUGGAGGCACAGGCGAUGGGCAUCAAAAAAACCCCCGGAGAUAGUAGAAGCCAUAAACAACAUAGCCAAUGCCUACCGCAGCAUCGUUGCGUCCUCAGAGUCUAUCAACAGCAUCAUCAGCGCAUGCGAGAAAUCAAGGACAUCGUUCAACCCGGUACAAAUUCUCGAAUUGUUCUUUAGCAACACCGAACUUGCCAACAUCAGGAACUCGAUCGUCUAUCUGUGGAUGGCUCGCUAUACAUUCUACACAUCACAAUCCGUAGGCGCCACCGUAUUUGGGACCUACAACACGGUGCUCACCCGUAUCAUGUGCAUAUCCUUGGACAAGACCAAAUGGGUGACGACCAACAGCGGAGGCAUCCUCAUGCCCAGGAACGUGGCAGCGGUCUAUUGCAAUGUGCUCGUCAUGCACCUGCUGUAUUACAGCAUCAUCGCGACAACAAAGAAUGCCGGCAAGAACAUACACGAGCAAAUCAUGGACAUUUUGAUCGACGGCUCCGGUUAUCCAUUGCCUGCCACGGACCAAGAGUUCUUUGAUCGCAUCAUUCCCAAUGCCGGCGCAUAUAAUCCAGCGUAUCUUGAUGGACGGCAGUUGAUCAUGGGCACGGCCGAGAACAUGUCCGACCUACAAAAGAUCUCCAUGGUCAUCAAGACAUAUCCGGUUUCUCCGUUCGCCACCGUGGAGAUCGAAAACUCGCUCGUGAUGACAACGGCAAGCAAAUACAAUGGUGCCACUUUCGUCGUAAGGCGCAUCCCACACGUCCGUGAAAUUGCCGGAUCAUCGGUGGCCAUCGAUGCUCAGCUGUCCAUCAACGCCUUCCUUCACGGAUACCGCGAAAAGAACAAAUCUUCCACCAUCGACGAAGAGUGUGUCUUUAUCAAAUCGGCCAUUUGCGAACAGGUCAAGAUGCUCGUGUCCCACGACGUCCAUCCGAUCUAUGUGCUCGAUGGCAAGGCGCCGCAGUGCAAAGAAAAGGAGCAAUUGAGACGCAGGGCACUGCGCAACAAGAACCAACGGACCGCAGUGUUGGAACUGGAAUCCAUCGCCAAGGAAAGCGGUUGUGAGGCGGACAUUGAGGAAGUGUUGCUGGGGCGCCAGCACCUCAUUCUCACGGACAAGAACAAGGCAGACAGGAGCGCCGAUCUUGUCAGGAAAUUCAAUCGCUCCAAGGGCAUCACGCAUUUGCAUAUUCUUGCAGCCAAGAACGCGAUACUUGAGCACGUCGAACAGGGGCGUGUUGAUUUUGUACAAGCACCGGGCGAAGGCGAAAGACUGUGCGCGUGGCUGUGCAUUACCAAAAGGUCCGACUACUGCGCCACCGCCGAUACAGACGCCAUCGCUCUGAGGGCCACCAAUGUGAUCCGUCACUUGCACAUCUCGCCCGAGGCAAAACCUGACAAAGGAUUCGAAAUAAUUAGGCCCGUAGAGGUCAUGGAUGCUUUGGGAUUUGACGAAAAGCAAUUCGUGGACUGGUGUCUGCUGUGCGGCACGGAUUUCCACGACUCGAAAAUCAAGGGCAUCGGGUGGAAGAAGGCAUACCAAGAAUUUUUUGCAAGACAAAACAGACAGUCUGCACUACAGACUGGAAGCGCACGACAAGGAUUUCAACACCGCGCGCGCGCAAUUUUUCGGAUGUCCAUACGAAGAUGA